AUGUCCACAGCACUCUAUGAUGGAAUUAUGGCCACAGAUGCAAUUCUCAACCUUCCAAGAAACGUACUCCUCUACAAUGAUGAAUUGUACAUAUCCGAUACCUUUAAUCACAUGAUUAGAAAGGUUUCGAAAAAUGGAACACUCACCACAUUGGUAGGAGUUGGUGCUGCUGGUUCAAAUGAUGAUGAUGGUUUGCUUGGAAUUGAUACUCAACUAAACAAUCCGAAUGGUUUAUCCAUUUCUCCAAAUGGUGAAUUAUUGUUUAUUGCUGAUACUGAUAACAAAUUGAUUCGAGUUUUGAAUAUGAAAACAAUGAUUUGUAAUGUAUUUAAAAUGUUUACAUCGAGUGGGGUGUUAGAUACCUUGACGAAACCAGUUGGUGUUUCCAUUACAAGUAAUUGGAAUAUUUACAUAACCGAUGACAAGUAUGUGAAAAAGGUUAAUUAUUAUACAAGAGUAGUUACAAUUAUUGCAGGAGGUGGAAGUGGUAGUUAUAAAGAUAAUGUCGUUCCAACAACCAUUUCAAUCACAAGUCCUAAACUCAUUCAUACCAUUCCUUACACUCCUGAUUCUACUCUUGUAGUUUUUACUGAUGCCACAACUGCUAAAUUUAUUAUAGAUACAGAAAGUUUACAAUCAACCACAAAAACAGGACUUGUAGGAGGUUCAAAUAUUCCAGCAAUUUUUCCAUUUUCCACCACAACAUUUUACUAUUCUUUGGGAAAUGGGAUUUUUAACUUGGAAAGUGGAAUUAAUACUCCUAAAUCUGCAACUACUGGUGGUGAUGCUGGAAAGUAUAGUGUAACUAAUAUGGCGUAUUCUUAUUUUAACACUUCUUAUGGAUUACAUGGAAAUAGUUCAGUGAUUUAUAUUGCAGAUUCGGCUAAUUAUUGUAUUAGAAAGUAUGAUAUUGCGAAUAAUUCUGUAUCAACUGUUGCAGGUUUCAAAUAUCAACCUUCUUUUGAAGGAGUUUAUGCUUUAUCUGUUUAUGCAGAUUUGAAAAUUCAAAAGUUAACCGUGACCUACAAGGAUGAAAUUAUUUAUCUUGACACUAACAACAGAGUUAGAAUGAUUACAGCCAAUGGAAGAAUCAAAACACUCAUUGGAUCUGAGUAUACAUCCAAAUAUCCAGUUUGUGUUUCAACAUCUAUUGCUUUGGAAUGUAGGGCAACUAACGCGAUUGAUAUUAUGAGCGUUGGAGAUUCUCUAAUUCUCUCAACUUUAAAAUUAUUCAGUUAUGAUUUGGCAAGCAUUUCAGGAACAUCUACCAUUACCCAACAAGGUACUGAACUAGUAGGUACUUUCUCUCUAAGAGCAAUGAAUGGCUCAUCAGGUGCUGUCGUAUAUUUCCUAAAUAAUGCCAAUCAAUUGUUAAAAAAAUCUUUAACUGGUUUGGAAACAGUUGUGAAAGGAUCAUUAUCUGCAUCAGAUUUCAAUAUUGUAAAUAUUGAUACUGAUUUCGCUAGAAUUUGCUAUAUUGAGAGUGGAAUUAUCACUUGCUUUAAUGAGACUGAUUUAAGUUCAAUUGUUCUCCCAAUGCCAUCUGGAGAAACCAAGUUCACAAGCGUUGCACUCACUAGUACUACUGUCUAUGCAUCAACAAGUAAUAGAAUCUAUGCCUAUUCAGUUUCUGAUUAUUCAACUGCUUACCUAAUUGCAGGUUCAAAGCCAGUUAAUGUGAAUGGACAAACUUUUGAUUAUAGUGGGUACAACAGUGAUUACAUUUUGGCAACUAGUGCUAUUUUGAGUGAUAUCAGUAAUUUGCAAGUCUCUUCUUCUAAUGGAAAUAUCUAUUUUGUGAGUGGUGGUACUUUGAUUAGAAGAAUUGCCAAUGGAUUUGUUUCUACAGUUGCUGGUAUUUCACCUCUCCAUACAGAAGGUAUAACACCAAUGGCAAUUGCAAGAGAUUCAGCUAAAAAGAUCACCUAUUUCAUUGACAGUAAUACACAUGUUAAAAUGAUGGAUGAAGCCAGUGGAAUUAUUAGUCCACUUACUUUACCAAUUAAACCAAGUCCUGAUCCACAAAAUAUUACAUUACCAUUAACAUUUUUAAGAGCUCCACCAAAGAAUGCAGGUCAAUUAUUGACUUAUUCCUCCUAUGAUGGUUUAUUAUAUCUUGCAGAUUAUUGCAGAAUUAUUUCCAUCAAUGUUACAUCUGCUUCAUACAAGCUUGUAACUGGUACUGUGUGUGGAGAUAGUGCUGACAAUAUUUUAGCAAUCAAUUCAUUCAUUCAAACACCAAGUUCCAUGACAGUCGACUCUAAAACUGGAGAUUUAUACUUUACGUUUGGAACAAAGAUUUUGAAAAUUGAAAAGAAAACUGGUUUAUUAACGACAUUAUAUGGCAGUACUGGUAAAAUUGGAACUGUUGUGAAUGGAAUAAUUUCCAAAACUUCUCUCCUCACCAACAUUACAAGUUUGGUCGUGUCUGAUGAUAUUAUUUACUUUGCAGAUAUUACUCGUAGCGUUAGACAAAUAGCUCUAUCAAACAGUAAUUUGACAACUUUGGUUACCAUGGCUGCGGUCACUGAAAAGAUGCUUUCAAUUUCACUCGAUAAGAAUGGUGACAUUUUCAUUCUCGAUACCUAUACUUACUUAAUUAGCAAGUACAUUAAAAGUUCAGGUGGGGUCCCCAAAGAGGUAGCAGGAAAACAAUUUGGUAAAGGAUUCAAUGGAAGAUACAAUGCUCAGGCAACGAAUUCCAAUUUGAGAAAUUUUAUUUCCUCUGUCAACAUUGACAAUGGAAUAAUGUUUACUGAAAUUGCAGAUAAGACUGGUGGUCUCAUUAGAAAAAUAACAGCUCAAUGUGAUGGAAAUUCAACCCUGGACUCUAGUGGAGGUAGUUGUGUCUGUAAUGAUGGAUACACUGGAGAUUCUUGCAAUGUAUUCGUUUGUUAUGGUUUAACUGCAACUAGUUCAGAAGUAUGCUCAGGAAAUGGAUCGUGUAUUGAUGUGAAUGUGUGUAAAUGUAGGGAUGGAUUCGAAGGUUCCUCAUGUAAUAUUGUUAAGGCUGCAAAUGUCACAACAGGAGAUUCAUUGGGUGUGAUUUUACCUGCUGUUCUCGUUCCAAUAUUGGUUAUUUUGAUUAUUAUUGUAAUUAUAAUUGUAGUGGUAAUCAUUGUGUUUGCCACAAAAAAGAAGAAGAAGAAGGAUAAGGGAUUGGAAGAAACCACAGAUUUUGAUGAAGUUCCAAUGAGUGAUUUGCCAUCUGACAUGUCUGUCAUUUUGAGUAGCAGUUUGACAAGAAGUGUUUCAUCAUCAACCAAUGAAGAAGAAAAUCUCUUUACAAGAUAUCAAGAUAUUGUCAAGAUUGGACAGGGAGCAUUCGGUAGUGUUUUUAAAGUUAGAGAUACCAAAGACGGAGACAAGAUCAAAGCUGUUAAAGUUUUGAAAUUUAAUUCUGUCAGUGAUUUGAAUAUGAUUAUGAAAGAAGGUGCUCAAUUAACAAACGCCAAACACAACCACAUUCUCAAAGUCAAUGAUUAUUUCAUUACUAACGACAAUUUACUUUGUAUUGAUAUGGACUAUUAUGAAAAGGGAGAUUUGUCUCAAUUUACCAAAACUGAUUGUCCAGAACAUAUUGUAAAACAAAUUCUCUAUCAAUUAUGUGAUGCUUUGAGUUAUGUUCAUGGAACUCUUUCCAUGAUUCACAGAGAUAUCAAGCCAACUAACAUUUUUGUAAAGGAAUAUGAUGGAACAAAUGUCAGUGUCAUUCUUGCUGAUUUUGGUUUAGCCAAACAAGCUCAAGAAUCAGCUGCAAAUUCAUAUGCUGGUACUCCACUUUAUAUGAGUCCUGAACUUGGAUUAGGAGGAAAAUAUUAUCCAAACUCUGAUACUUAUUCACUAGGUGUUACAAUUUAUCAAAUAAUGACAAAGGACCUUACCACAUCAAUCAGUCACUUGUUGUUGAAUGAUCCACAAAAUGCUCAAUCGAAAUUGAGAGACAAGAUGAAACAAUCUAAACUGGGUUACUCAGAUCAGCUUAUUGACUUGAUUAUUAGAAUGUUGGACAAGGACAGUUUAACUAGACCUAAUGCUGCAGACAUUCUUUCAGAUUCGUAUUUCAGAAGAUAAUUAAACCGCAAUCAUUUGAUUACU